UCAGUAUGCAGAGAGGGGAUGCAGCAGUCAGCAGACUCUUUCCCCCGGCUCUCCAUCCAUCUGCCCUCUUCCUCCCAUCUACCUUCCCUCCAUCCAGUCUUCCCAUUAAUUCCCCUGCCUGCCACCCUCCCUUGCCGUGUCCUCCCUCUGUUUCGUAGUGGUUUCUCAGUGCAGACCGGGAGCUCUUCUACCUACAGCAGCUGUUCAGGAUGUGAGGGAAGCAGGCGGGCCUUCAGGAUGACAGCAGGGUGUGUGGGUGUGUCUGAGGACAGCAGCAGCAGCAGCAGUAGCAGACAUCAUCCGUCAUGGAGGUGGAGGGCACAGCAGAGCCAGCCUUCGUGGAUGUGGACCAGGGCCUGACUCUGGCCUGCAUCGCCUUCCUCUGCCUUCUGCUGGUGGCCAUGAUCAUCCGCUGCGCCAAGGUGAUCAUGGACCCCUACAGUGCAAUCCCCACCUCCACAUGGGAGGAACAGCACCUGGACGACUGACAUUCUCAAACAUUCAUAUGCAUACCAGGUAUAUGUGUUUCACCAAAAAUGACUAACUCAACAGAGCCUCCACCCUGAAAGAAGGAUGGAUCUGCAAGGGUUCUGUAGUGAGGCAGGGAUUCUGAAUGAAACCUUGAUCACUCCAUAAACUAUUUCAUCUCUAAACAUGACAAGAAAUCAAACAAAUCUGGUUAAUUAAGAUAUAUUAAAUGUUUGCUUUUAAUAAUUUUAAUUCUUAAAUGAUGUAUAAGCACAUAUGCGUGCAUGUUUUCUCCUACUUUAGAACAUCAUUUAUUUGAAUACACAUUAUAAAUUGGUUCUGCCAUGGUACAAGUCUGAGUCACUUAACCAGCAGGUCACAUAUCGGGAGUAGAAAAUAUGAGUAUUGUUCAUCUAUGUAUGGAACGAUGAGAAGGAUAAGCCACUGAUGGAGUGACACAACUACAGAGCAAAGCACAUAAACUUGGCUGUUUUUUAACCUACCUACCCCGAGAUGUGUCCGCCCUGGGCCUGCCUUACAUUCCUGUUGGACUGACGGACACAAUCAACAAUGGCGAGUGGAUGCCAGCCAUGACUGACCGCACUUUCCCUUUACGUCUUUACAGACAUGUAGUGACAAAUCAGCAGAGGAUGAACACGAAGAAGAGAAGUUCCACAACCUGUAACCAGGCUUUGCUUGUACAACUUGCACAAGAUGGGAAGACAACUCGUCCUGAAAAAAAGAUAAUUCUAGUUCACUACAACUUAUAUCAUUGUAGUUUUGUCAUUCUGCUUGGUAACGUCAGCAUAGUUCAUUGCUGAGAUCUGAGAACAUGGAGAACAUUAAAAGUUUAAGAGUCAGCAAGUAUAAAUAUCCACAGCACAGCACAGUUUACAGGCAGACCUCCUGAUGUCGGCUUGUUUAAAUCCUGGCUGAUCCCCCGACUGCUCAUGUUCGUGGUGUUACCAACAUGUUAGACUUUGAAAUGGUGACCAAAACUUCAAAAACAUGAACCAGGUUGUAUUAAACCAGAAUCAUCCAAUGAUAAACAAGUCUAUCUACACACAAGCUUUGGAGAGAGGUCUCUCUGAUCAUGGUAGCCAUCGUGUUGACAAGCGUACUGUACGUGUUAGAAAUACAGGUGCAUUUAAAAAAAUGUAAUAGAGUGAAACAGUUCAAUAUAUUUUUCGUCUGUUGUUUAAGGAAGUGAAUAUUUUUAUUAUAGCCUAGAUUCAUCACACUGAAAUGUUUCAAGCACUUCCAUAUGUUAAUUUCGAUAAU